AUGUCCUACUACCGCUGCUCUGGAAACUUCUCCUCCCGCUCCCUUGGGGACCACCUGCGCUACUCAGGCUUCUCCUGUGGCUCUUCUUACCCCAGAGACCUGGUCUAAAACACUCGCUGCUCUCCCAGCUCCUACCGUCUGCACUCCUCUCUACACGGCUGUCAGGAGACUUGCUGUGAUCCCAUCAGGUGCCAGACAUUCCAUGUUGUGUCCGGUCCCUGCCAGACGUCCUGCUACCACCGGAGGACCUCCAUGUUCUUCAUUCCCUGCCAGAUGAUUUACUCUGUGUCUCUGGGCCUCUGGGCUUUGGCUCCAAGUAACUUUCAAUCUUUUGAUUGUGGCAUCCCAUCUCUGGGCUUUGGAUCCAGUGGUUUCCAAUCAGCGGUUUGUGGUCCCAGUGCUUUCUCAUCCCUAAGUUGUAGAUCCAGCUUUUACCUUCUGACCUACUUCUCUUCUAGGAGCUGCCAGUCUCUUUCUUUCCAACCAACCUGUGGACCCGGCUUCUACUAA